GACAUGGAGGAUGCAAAACCUCAAUACAUAUGCCAUCUGGAACGCAAGGUUCAGCAGAAGAAGGGGACAGUAAAGAUUAUUAAGACCAAACUGCGUCAACUGUCUUGUUCACUACCAAAAGUGAAAAGCACAUUAACUGACUUUUUCCCUGUCGUGCUCUGGCUGCCAAAAUAUAAAAUAAAGGAAUAUAUCUGGGGUGAUGUGAUGUCUGGGCUCAUAGUGGGGAUUAUUUUAGUGCCUCAAGCCAUUGCUUACUGCCUUCUUGCAGGCUUAGAGCCAAUUUACGGUUUGUACACAUCCUUUUUUGGCAAUCUUAUCUAUUUCUUCUUGGGCACAUCCAGGCAUGUAUCUGUGGGUAUCUUCAGCCUCAUGAGUUUAAUGGUAGGACAGGUGGUGUACAGAGAAGUCUAUUUAGCAGGGUUUGAUUUGAGUGAGAACAGUAAGCAAAACUCCUUGCCUGCUGGAUGGAACAGUGCUGAUGAAAACCAGGAUACUGCAGUGAACCUCACCCUAGGAGCCUUCAGCAUGGAGUGUGGAAAGGAAUGCUACGCUAUCAGCAUUGCGACAACUUUAACAUUCCUUGCCGGAGUUUACCAGGUCCUGAUGGCCGUGUUCAGGUUUGGGUUCGUUUCAGUUUACCUUUCUGCUCCACUGCUGGAUGGCUUUGCCACUGGUGCCUCAUGCACCAUUCUGACAGUCCAGGUGAAGUAUCUUCUGGGCCUGAAAAUCCCUCGUCAUCAGGGAUCUGGAACUGUUGUUGUGACUUGGAUCAAUCUUUUCAAGAACAUACAUAAGACCAAUUUUUGUGAUAUGAUUACAAGUGCAAUUUGUAUCACUGUCCUACUGGUGGGGAAAGAGCUCCAGGAACGGUACAAGGACCAUUUGAAGAUACCUCUGCCUACAGAACUGGUAGUAGUGGCCUUAGCAACAGUGGUUUCACACUUUGCUGAUUUGAAUGGUCAGUACAACUCAAGCAUCUCAGGUGCUAUUCCAACUGGUUUCAUUCCUCCAAAGGUUCCGAGUUUUGAACUCAUCCCAAGGGUAGCAAUUGAUGCCAUCCCAUUGGCUGUGAUCAGUUUUGCCUUCACUGUCUCCUUGUCAGAGAUGUUUGCAAAAAAGAAUGGUUACACAGUCAGACCAAAUCAGGAGAUGUUGGCAAUUGGCUUUUGUAACAUCAUCCCAUCAUUUUUCCACUGUUUCACCACAAGUGCUGCACUUGCCAAGACUAUGGUGAAAGACUCAACAGGUUGCCAAACACAACUUUCUAGCGUGGUGAGUGCUUUCAUUGUGCUCUUUGUCCUUUUGUUUUUAGCGCCGUUCUUCUACUCUCUGCAGAAGUGUGUCCUUGCCUGCAUCAUUAUUGUCAGUCUGAAAGGCGCCCUGCGGAAAUUCAGAGACUUUCCCAGGCUUUGGCGCCUCAGCAAGAUUGAUGCGGUUGUCUGGAUGGUGACUAUGUGUUCAAGUGCUUUGAUCAGCAUAGAGAUCGGGCUGGUGAUUGGAGUAGUCUUCUCCAUGAUGUGUGUCUUGGUGCAAACCCAACAUCCGAAGGCUUCACUAAUGGGUCAAAUUGAAAAUACUAAUCACUAUGAGGACAUGAGUGACUAUGACCACCUUGUGAUCAUUCCAAAAGUAAAGAUUUUUCGCUUUCAGGCUCCACUUUACUAUGCAAAUAAGGACUUUUUCUUAAAGUCUCUAUUUAAAGCAGUUGGACUUGAGCCACUCCUUGAAAAAAGUAGAAGGAAAGAAAUAGAGAAAAAAGCUAAAAUCAGAACUGCAAAGCAGACAGACAAGGAAAAUGAUGUUAGUUUAAGCCUAGUAGCAAGCGAAAUAGAUUUCCACACCAUAAUCCUUGACUGUUCUUCUGUCCCUUUCAUUGACACCACAGGCAUUAACACAUUGAAAGGACUGAAAAAAGAGUACAAAGAACUUGAUGUAAAUGUGAUCCUGGCAUGUUGCAAUACAACAGUCAUAGAUUCUUUGAGGCGAGGUUCUUUCUUCGGAUCUGAUGAUAAAGAAAUGGAUACACUGUCAUUCCACAACCUUCACAGUGCAGUUUCUUUUGCUACAAGGGACACUGCAGCAUCGGUUAACACUUCAUCUGUAUAA